AUGUCAGACCUCAAUGCUACCGUCCAGGAGACCAAGAACGGCUUCCACGUCGAAGGAUACGAGAAGAUCGAAUACGACUUCACGUUCCUUGAUGGGAUCUUCAACACUGGUAACCCCCAGCUCGCCAAAUGUUAUGAGCGCUGGGGUCGUUGCCUUGCUGUCAUGGACUUGAACAUCUACAACAUCUACGGGGAGGAGAUGCAGAGAUACUUUGAUCAUCAUGGCCUGCCGUUGACGAUCCACAAGACCAUGAUUGGCGAGAAGGCCAAGUCGAUGGACACCCUCCUCAGCAUCGUGGAUUCCAUGACCGACUUUGGAAUUAUCCGAAAGGAGCCUGUUCUUGUAGUGGGUGGAGGUUUGGUGACUGACGUUGCUGGAUUUGCUUGUGCGGCUUACCGGAGAAAUACCAACUUCAUCCGCAUCCCUACUACAGUUAUCGGCCUGAUCGAUGCUAGUGUCAGCAUUAAGGUUGCGGUCAACUACGGUAAUUACAAGAACCGACUUGGAGCGUACCACGCUCCGAUGCACACGUUCUUGGACUUCUCGUUCUUGAGGACCCUGCCUGAAGGUCAAGUCCGGAAUGGCUUUGCGGAGCUGAUCAAGAUCUCGACCUGUGCCCAUAAGCCAACAUUUGACCUGUUGGACAAGUAUUGUGAGAAGCUUAUCACUUCACGCUUCGGCCGUGAGGGCAAUGACGAGGAAGUUCUGAAGGCGGCGGAUGAGAUAAACCGCGCCGGUAUCCAUGAGAUGCUCAAGCUCGAGACGCCCAAUCUUCACGAAAUUGGCCUGGAUCGUGUCAUUGCGUACGGCCAUACUUGGAGCCCUCUUCACGAGCUCUCGCCGACUGUUCCCUUGCGUCACGGGCAUGCCAUCUCCAUCGACAUGGCCUAUUCCGCGACAUUGGCGAACCAGCGCAAGCUGCUUAGUGACGAGGAGCACCGCAGACUGUUGAAUCUGUUCUCGAGGGCGGGUCUGUCUAUGGACCACGAACUGUUCGACGAGGAUAUGCUAGACAAGGCCACCAAGGCCAUCCUGAAGACCCGAGAUGGUCUGCUACGUGCUGCCGUCCCGAACCCGAUCGGAACAUGUGUUUUCCUGAACGAUGUUUCGGCCGAGGAGAUGAACGCUGCUUUGCGACGACACAAGGAGCUCAUGAGGGAGUACCCACGAGAGGGUGCUGGCAUUGACGCCUUCGUCGAUUCCAGCGAUACUGGGUACACGAUCAACGACAAGCCUGUCGAAGAGGCAAUGCAUGAAUCGAAGAAGGUCAUGAAUGGUAUGAGCAACGGCCACGUCAAUGGCAAGGCACACGGUCAAACGAAUGGUCUGCCCAACGGCCUGCAGGAAGUCAUGGCGAAUGGGUAUGAGAACGGGUACAAGAACUAA